UUGUCCGGUGUGGAGAGGCUGAAGUCCCCGGGAGCCACGCUCGUCCGCGCACCCCCACGGGGACAGGACACGCCCUCGGCGACAGCCCGCAGGCCCCAGCCUUGGGCAACCUCGGUUCCGGGAGGCCGGAGCCCGCCAGCAGCGCCCGCUCGGCUCGGCCCGGACUCCGCAGGCGCCGGCUCCGCUCGCGGCCGCGCCUUCCCGCCCCACCCCCGGACGCCCCUCGGCCGGCGCCGGCACAUGCUCUUGGCCACCAGGAGGGCCCGCCAGCUCCUACACGGCUUCCUUCUCGUCUCGAGGAUGGGAGACUCGGCCUCAAGGAUCGUCAGCCCCGAGGAGGCCCUGCCGGGGCGGGAGGAGCCGAUCUCGGUAGUGGCCAAACAUCAUGUCAAUGGCAACAGAACAGUGGAACCUUUCCCAGAGGGAACACAGAUGGCUGUAUUUGGAAUGGGCUGUUUCUGGGGAGCCGAAAGGAAAUUCUGGGUCCUGAAAGGAGUGUAUUCAACUCAAGUUGGUUUUGCAGGAGGCUAUACUCCUAAUCCUACUUACAAAGAAGUCUGCUCAGAAAAAACUGGCCAUGCCGAAGUCAUCCGAGUCGUGUACCAGCCAGAACACAUCAGCUUUGAGGAACUGCUCAAGGUCUUCUGGGAGAAUCACGACCCGACCCAAGGCAUGCGCCAAGGCAACGACCACGGCACUCGGUACCGCUCAGCCAUCUACCCGACCUCGGCCAAGCAGAUGGAGGCUGCCUUGCAGUCCCGAGAGGAAUACCAGAAGGUCCUCUCAGAGCACGGCUACGGCUCCAUCACCACCGACAUCCAGGAGGGCCAGACUUUCUACUACGCGGAGGACUACCACCAGCAGUAUCUGAGCAAGAACCCCGACGGCUACUGCGGCCUGGGGGGCACUGGAGUGUCCUGUCCUCUGGGUAUUAAAAAAUAAAAUUUCUCCCCACACACUGGGCCCUGGGGGUUCUGGCAAAAAUGCUUUCAACAAAUUGGGCGAUGGUUUUGGGAAUUACAACCACGGCUAUUUAGAAGUGCACGAAUCACAAAAGGCUUUUCUAAAAACCAGGCUUGUUGGGGUAUAAUUUACAGGAGACGGAUGGCAAGUUGAUAAAAUGGAAUUGAUCUUCUAGUAAGUUAUGGCGGGGGUAGAGCAGCAAAGUUUUCCAGAUUAUUCAGCGUCUGGACGAAGAAAACCAAUCUGCUGCGUUUUCCCUUCUUGGUCCUGGUGCCUGCCCUGGAGGCCAGGGACUGAGGUGGGAGAUUGCUGGGCAGGAUGAGACCUUGGACACCUUGUGUCUGUGCCCCCCCCCCCCGCCCUCUAGUGCCUUAUGAUUUGCAAACCUUUAUAGUCUCAGUGCUCAUUCGCUCACACGCUUUGCUCUACGGGACCCAGACGUGCAUGAGGGGCUUUCUCUCCCUCUGCAGCCCCCUGUGCGGUGAAAAGGGGUGAGGCAGCUUGGUGAAUUCUAACGCUUUGCUUCUCACUUUUUUUGUUCUAAUAAAAAGCUGCAGUUCAUUCAUACAAA